GAUCCUGCUUCGAAAAUAAACAAAAACACCGGAGUUGAACACGUGUGUCGUGAAUUUUUAUCAAAUUCGGAAACAAAGGCUAUUUCAAUUGCAGCGGAUAAGGAAGAAUUUCUACUGAAAGCUUGGAUCCAUAACCAUCUUUUAAAGCUCUCAUCGCUUUUGCUAGAUUUACCAGAAAAUUUUUCAAAAUGGGGAAGUUCAGAGCUGUAAAGACGAUGAAGGUGAGGGAGGGUUUCAACAGAUCCAAGCACAGCAUGAACCCGGACAGGCCGACGGAAGGCUUGAAAGGGGUGGCCAAACCCCGAGACAAAUCGACCAUCAAGCGUUUGCAGAUGUACAGAAAUUUCAAGCCAAAGAGAGACAGAGGAGGAAAAAUCGUCCGUCCUGCCCCUUUCCAAGGAUGGCUGCCCUCAGGUUCCAUGGCCAGAGUGGAGCCCAAUCAAAUGUGGUUUGGUAACUCUCGGGUGGUCACCCAGUCUGCACUUCAAACUUUCCAAAAGGAGCUGGGUGCUGUGAUGAAGAACCCCUACCAAAUGGUGAUGAAGCCGACCAAUUUGCCUGUCAGUCUGUUGAGCGACAGCAAGAAAGUUGGCAGGGUCCAUGUCUUGGACACCCAAAGCUUUGAAAGUGUCUUCGGUCCAAAGAAGACCAGGAAGAGACCUGGAAUCUCCCACUGCAGUCUGGACUCUAUGGUGGCAGCUGCAACCGAGGUCAUCGAGAAGUACGAAGAGGAAAAGAAGGAGUCGGACUACGAUUUGGUUUUGGACGACACCAACACCACAAAAAACAUGGCCAGGGAUUGGAUCAUGGGUGCUGGACAGAGCAGAAGAAUUUGGAACGAGCUUUACAAGGUCAUCGACUCUUCGGAUGUGGUUUUGCAAGUUCUGGAUGCUAGAGACCCAGCUGGUACUCGCAGCAGCCACAUCGAAAAGUUCCUUCGUACGGAAAAGCCCCACAAACACCUGGUUUUUGUCCUGAACAAGGUUGAUUUGGUGCCAACGUGGGUCACUCAGCGGUGGGUGGCUCUUCUGAGCGCCGAGUACCCCACAGUGGCCUUCCACGCUUCCAUGAACCACUCGUAUGGGAAAGGCACCCUGAUCAACCUGCUCCGACAGUUUGCUAAACUGCACUCGGACAAAAAGCAAAUCAGCGUCGGACUCAUCGGCUAUCCAAAUGUUGGAAAGAGCUCAGUCAUCAACACCCUGAGGUCCAAGAAGGUGUGCAAGGUGGCACCAAUUGCUGGAGAGACCAAAGUCUGGCAGUACAUUACCUUGAUGAGGAGGAUUUAUUUGGUCGACUGUCCUGGGGUUGUUUACCCUUCAGAGGAAACUGACGCCGAAAAAGUUCUCAAGGGAGUUGUGAGAGUGGAAAAUGUUCAGGACCCUGAAAUUUACAUCAGUGCUGUAUUGGAGAAGGUACGAAAGGAGUACCUGGUCAAAACAUACCAGAUUAAAGAUUGGGAAAAUGACGAGGAGUUUUUAGAAAAUCUAGCCAGGAAAAUGGGCAAGCUGCUGAAAAAGGGUGAACCUGAUUUGAAUGCUGUUGCCAGGAUUGUCCUGAACGAUCUUCAGAGGGGCAAAAUUCCUUACUAUGUUGCGCCUAAAGACUUUGAAAUUCCCCUUCCAAAAGAGGAGAAUGCCGAGCAAGCGGAAGAAAUGAAACCCAAGGCAGAGGAGGAAAACCCCACUGAAGUGAAAGAAGAAGAAGAAAAUGAAAAGGUCGUGGCCAAUCCCAUUCAGGUCUCGCAGGACUUGGGCAAAAUCAAACUGGCCAUUGACUUUGACAGUGUUGGAGAUGACGAUCCUACAGCAGAGAAAGCGCCGAAAAUUGACAUUGACGAAAUUUUAAAACCUGAGGACAUGCCAGACUUAGAGGCUGCCGUCGCAGAUGACAACGAGAGCAGUGAAGACGAAGAAGUAAGCGAAGAGACAGAGACAACCAGUGGAAAGUUCAAAGUGUCUGCCCUUAGCAAGAGGGAGUCUGACACAAAUUUGAAAGCUAAAGAUCGUCGAGCGAUGGACAGGGCUCAGAAGCGCAGGAAGAUUGGAUCAAACUUCUACGAAGUUACCAACGUAAAGAACAGGAACAGGAAUAAAAUUAAACCAGGGGCUGAGGAAAUUAAAAAGAGGAAAAAGUGAAUAAUUUUGUUCAGAAAUAAUAAAAAUUUGAAAUUGAAUUUCUACAUA